UGAAAAAAGAACUUUGACAAAAUAACUUUAAAAAAAAAAUUUUUAACAAAAUAAUUUUAUAAAAAAAUUUUCAAUAAAUUUUCAAAACAUUUAAUAAUUUUAUUAAGUUUUCCAAAACUAUUAAUAUUUUACAUUAUUAUUAUUAUUAUUAUUAUUAAAAAUGUCUCACAUAAGUAAAUGUGAAGAAAAACAUCGUAAUCGUGAAGAAAAACGUGAAGCAAAAAAGCGUCAUCGUGAAGAAAAACGUAAAGAAAAACAACGUCAUCGUGAAGAAAAACGUGAAUUAAAACAUCGACAUCGUGAAGAAAAACGUCGACAUCGUGAAGAAUUUGUUUCAAAAUUAUUUAAUCUUACUUUAGAUUCACCAUCAUCCAAUAAUUCAAAUAAUUUAAAUGUUCAAAUAACAUCAUCUGAUAGGAUUGAGAAUGAAAAUGAAGUUGCAACUUUAAGAACCAUAUUUCCAGAUUGUGACCCAUUAUUUAUUAGAAAUUGUCUUGCAAAUGAAACGGGAGAUGAUCGUUUACGUAAAGUAGCAGAAAAUUUAUUAAUAACAGAUUAUCCUAAAGUUGCACCAGUAUCACCUCUAACUCCACCUACAGCUCCACCUCUUCUUCGUAGUAGUUUUGAAUCUCCUUUUGAUAAUGAAGCACCUCCAUCAUAUGAAGAAUCUUUAGGAAAUCAACCAUUACAACCUCCUCCAUUACCAACUCGUCAUCAAAGGGCUUCUUCAUGGAAUGGUAAUGGUUUCUCAGUUACUACUUCACGAUCAACUCAAUUCAAACCUUGUCAAAUUCCACAACAAAUUUCACAACAAAUUACACAACAAAUUACACGUACAGCAGCAAGUGCUUCUUCAGAAGUUAGCGAAGCAAUUAGUACAGUUGUUAAAAAUUUACUUACAAGUAUGAAACCAUCCACAGUUGACCGUGCUCAUCAUAAAUAUAAUCAUGUUUGGUCCCGACCAGUUCCAUCUCAAUUUAAACCUAAACCUCUUUCACAAGAAUAUAAAGUAGUACCAAAGGAUAAAUUUUCAAUUCAAAAAGGAUUUAAUCAAUGUAAUUACCCUUCAAAAGGAUUAAAAUCUCAUGAUAUUUCAGAAGAAGAUUGGUAUUAUUUUAUGAAUGGAUUAAAUUCACUUAUUGGUGUAAAAUCGAACAAAGGAAACCUAAAUAAUUUUGGGGAAGGAGUCUCUGUUAGUUUAAAAUGGGUUUCAUGGAUGAAUGUAACCAUGGAUGAAUCAUUAAUGGAAACAAAUCUUAAAGCAUUAAAUGAAUAUAUUGAUAAAUGGAAUAAAUCCUACUUUAAUCCAAGACAAAUAAUGGUACAACUUAUUGAUAAUAGAAAUCAGAAUAAUCCAUUCAAGAAUCAUCCUUACGAGCAAUAUUUAUUAGUAAAAUCUAUAUAAGUAGUUUGGACAUUUGUAAAAUUAAUUAUAUAAAUAUAAAUAUAUAUAUAUAAAUGUAUAAGUAUUAUAUUAAAUUAUAAAUAUAGCAUAUGUAUUUAUUUUAU